ACAAUGCUACAUUUAGUGAUUUGAAUUAUACUCUAGCUUUCGGUCAUCUGUGGUCUAAAACUAGCAAUAUUAUAUAACUACCUCUGCCGAAGAAGCACACCAUACGCAGCGUUGGAAAUAAACCUAAUUGAUGAGUGAUGUGUGAAGCACGGAAUCGAGCUACGUGACGUUAAAUUUUUAUCUUUUUUUGAGAGGUUGACGGAGUCUGAAAGCUCCCGCAAAUCGAAUAAUUUCCCGACAAUAUGGCAACACUGCGUCCUUCGUCGGAUUCGGAGCGGUCCUUCAUCUGACUGGCAUACUGAAUUUUCCGACCUUAAAGGUCGUGAAAAUGAAGUUCGUCUUGAUAUUGUUGGUGUCCCUUUCAGGGACCUACUGCUAUAUACCAUAUGGAAAGGACUCUUACUUGUUCAAACCUGUUCCUACGCAACAUCUUGAACCGCAUCCACAACAAGCCAGCCAAUGAGAACGGAGGGGAUGUGUCCUAUUUGGACCUUACUGACGGGUCCGCGUUGGAUGCCAGAUCGUUGGGGGUGGAGGGGAUAUGGAAGAGGAACCCCCCUACGAUUACGAUUCCAAUGGAGAGUUGAACCUGUUGCCUAGCAUCAGAGACCAGGAGUACUUGCAGCAUAGCUCGCUGUGGGGGAAUCAGUAUGUUUCUGGUGGAGCUGGGGAGGGAAACCAGUUGUUGAGACCAGACGGCAUGAGAAACAAGCAGGAAGUCAAGACAGAUUCCACACUACCUGCAUAUUGUAACCCACCAAACCCCUGCCCAGUAGGCUAUAAUGAGGAUCAUGGCUGCAUCGUAGACUUCGAAAAUUCAGCUUCCUUCAGCAGGAGGUACCAGGCUUCCCAGGAUUGCAUGUGUGACAACGAGCACAUGUUUGAGUGUCCCAAUGCAGUUAAUAUGGAGGAUCCGAUCGAUUUGGAGGAACUCAAUUUCAACAGAUUCUUGGAACAGUCUCUCAAGCUGUUUUAUUAA